AAAAAUUUGAAGCGCGCAGAAGAGUACAUCAAAUAAAGCAGUAAAGCAGAUACAAAACGUUACUUUUACAAAAUAUAAGAUUGCAUGAGGGUGGUCACCAGUAUAAUGGAUGGUAGAACCACUGUUCCUCAAGUGGUAGUGUCCACAGAGGAUGACGCCACAUACACAGAUGCUACCACCACAGUUGUUACCCAUCAUGUCAUAGAGCCUGAACAUAACCUUAUGGCUCUGUUCCACAACAACUUUAACAAGUCUAGAAGUGUUAGCACAAGUACGCCAUAUGUUUCUCGGACUAUAGAAUCUAACUUACAGCACAGUCCAAGUGGUGAAGUUCCUAUCAUGUCUCUUGGAUACUUCAAGGUAACUGAUGAUCCGCAUAAUGACAGUUGUUUCAAAGACACUGAACCCAUUGAUGAUAAAAAUGCACAUUUAGUUCACAUGGAGAGUGGUUCCAUUACACAUGGUUUUGAAAGUGAUGCUAUUUGCUCUACAAAAGUGAAGUCUGUAUCCAUAUCCAAUAACUUUACUGUUACAAGUAACGAUUCUAUGGCCUCAUACACCAUUACAACAAAGACUCUAGGUACACCAAAUGAAGACGCUCGAUGUAAAAAACAUUUAGACCAGAAUUACUCAAUAGACUCUGGACAUGGAAGUUAUGACUCUGGAUUGCCCGAGAGCUUAGAUGGGACAUCACAUUUAGAUACAUUUGAUAGUCACUCAUUUAUAAGUAGCAAUAACUCUUACAGCACAAAUGUAGAACAGUCCCAACAUAGUAUAAACUCUCCACAAUCUCCUUCGUCAGAUGAUUUGUGCAUCCAAUACUCAAAAACAACAGAGUCAAUCAUAACCUCAAAGCCUCCUAUAUCUCGAACCGUACCUAUUUCUGUGGUGGAUAAACACAGAUGGACAUCCACCCCUCAAGAUAAAUCUGACUACAAGCUAAAGUCAACCCCUGUGCAGUCAUCAUCACACCAUGCAUGGAAUGAACAUUCACCGAUUUUGAGUCCAUACCAAGACCAAAUUUUAAAGAAAAUGAUGUCACACUUUUCUCCACCAGAGCCAGAUCGUUUGAUUGGUCGAAAGAUGGGAUUAGAUGAUGUGGAUAUCUUAGCUGAACUUGAUGCACGAAAUAUCUCUGCUGUAUCAACCAUAUUAGCAUAUAUACCUACUGAAGAUCUUUGCAAGAUCUGCUUGGUGAGUCAGACUUGGAGAACUAUUUGUUACACAGACAAGAGAGCCAACAUAAGACGACUCACAUAUCUAGAAAAAACAAAUGGAAAGGAAAACCCAUCAACUAAGGGCUAUGCAGAGGUGUCAAAAGAGAAUCUUUCCCAUCAUGCACCAGCAGAGCAACGUCAUCCAUUGAUUACCCGCCAAGUAUUAGGUGAAAACUCUCCAACCAAAGAACCACCAGCCACUCCUCUGGACAACUUCACUAAGGUUAGAUCCGUAGCUAAAAAUUUAAAGAACUUUGAAUCUCUCAAAAGAUGUCCUCGGUGUCAAAGUCCUUCAAGAUAUUCUGAGGCUGAGGAGCGGGCGAAUUGUACAACAAAAUCCUGCAAAUAUGAUUUUUGUACUCGCUGUUUGUGUGACUUUCAUGGUGCUAGUCCCUGUCCAUCAAUGAUAACCAAGAGGUCAAAAAAGAAUACAGUAAACAGCAAGAAAAGUAAGCAGCGUUUACGUCGAUUAUGAUGAUGUGGUUUGGAAUACCACACUAAGUUAUCCAAAGGUGCUUAGGAUCUGCUGGCUGGAUCUGUGAUAUUGGAAUCAAGGACAGUGGUGAUACAGUGACACAAUGAAACACUGAACAGUGGAUGGAGUCUGGGAGUGGAGAGAAUUAUACAAUACAUCUCCAAAGUAAAUUCAGGGUUUUCGAGCUCAUUCAAACAAGCUCAUGUUUUUAUACAAUUUUAUAUUUUUUACACUGUUUGAAAUGAGUUUUAGUAAUUUUAUGAAAAGUUUGUUUUUGGAGCGGAAAACUCUAUGUGAUGUUAAAAAGUGCUGUAUCAAGUUUCUGAUCUCUCUGUUGCAUAAAACUUGAUAACCCUUGUGUUUGAAGAAAACAAUGGGGAGGACACAGACUUGAUGCUAGUCAAUGCAAUGUUUGUCAUAAUUUGUCUGUUUGACUGUCACAUAAGCAUGGAUGUGACAUGUGAUGAUGCAUGACACUAAUUGCAUUCUGUUAAAUCAUUGUUAUUAGCUUGUUGCCAUAGAUAAUAUUGACAAAGUAAUUAAUUAAUUUAUUACAAACAAAUCAAUACUGUAUUUAUUUUACUUAGUUUGAUUGCAUAGUUUGGCACAGACAAUAUAUCAGAUCAGACAAUUCAACUAUCAUUUAGUUUUUUAAAUUACACUUUCAUCGUCUGAUUUUUUUGUCCAUUUGCAUCAAUGCAUAGAUCAUUUUAUGAUAAAUAACUACAAAUAGCAUGUUUUAAAAGUAAAUAUAUAUCAUUCCUAUAUCAAGGACAAAUAAUUGUAGAACUAAAUGGAAUAUAAUGAGUAUGACAUGUCCUCUUCAUAUAUUCUCUUCAUAUUAAGCUA